AUGGAUUUGUGUCAAGAUUCGAGCCAUUCCGUUGCACCAGCGAGGCUACCUCGUGCCUCGCUGCUGACCAACUUGCCACCAUCCCUUACCCAUGAUAUAAUGAGUACCACGGACGAGCGGAGGACCACACUGAGAAGGCUACUUUUGGAGGGUCACAGCAGUUUGGCACCUCUCAGAGAGCCCAAGCUGAUUCUCCACAGCCACCUUCCUCAUGUAAGUUCCGUGACUUCGGGCGAGCCUUCGAUGCUAACACCGUUAGCUUCUAGGGUCCGGAUACCUAUUAGGUUCCAGUUCCGAGCAGCUACAGGAGCUUUACGAUCACGAGGUAACAACUUUGGUGCAUGUCGACGAUACGUUUAUCCGGGGCAACAACUUGUCACGCCAGGAUUGGAGGAGCUUUCUAGGCAACAAAUCGUUGGUGCUCUAGUCCCCUGUUUUCAUUUUCAAAAUCUGACUCGGUCUAGCCACACGGUCGCAUACGUUGACUUUUUCGACAACGAAAUAAAAAGUCAUGAUGGGGACUGGAAGGCGGUUAUGGCUGAAUACUUGUUCUCGGGACCAGAGCCGCUUCUGAAUGGUUUAGUCGGAGGCCUGGGACAUCCGUUCAUUCAUCUUGCCUACGCAUGGGAGCUCCAGAGCCCAACAGUGGCCACCGAAGGUCUGAGCUUGGCAUGCACUGAAUACAUCCCCCUUCACUCGAUCAUCGACCGUUAUCCACCGGACAACUCGUCGUACAAGACAAAGAAUCUGGCGGAGGUUUUGAAUUGCGUCCAGAAGGAUGACCGUCUGAAUGAUCUCUUCACUAGCCCAGGCAUCACCAACAUAGAUACUCUGUUACAGACAAGAUAUGAUGUCUUGUUAGAGCACUGGAAUGCAUGGGAGGGGAGCAGCCCGUUGCAACAACUGGAGGAAUGUUGCGAUCUUUCGCUACUUCUUGGUCUCGGUACCGGCAGUGAGACCGGCAAGUUUGACUUUUACUUGAUCCAUACGAUCACUGUCGCCCAGGCAAUCCGAGUGUUGUGGCACUUCAUCCCCGAGGAGCGACAUGCCGCUGUGAUGCGGCAGUAUGCUGUCUUUUUCCUUCUGGUUUACAUCUGCCAGCUGAAGCCCAUGCUUCCGGCUGAGACAAUCAGCCUCAUUGAUUCGGUCGAGCUCAAGGGUCGUGAUUGGUCCUGGGUGCAUCAAGAGGCCUUGAACCACCGGUGGGCGAAGGAUUCUCAUUUCUUCAAAGUUGUCCGUGCACCUCAGGUCUUCGAACAGACCUUUGGCCCCAAGAACAACCACUAUCUGAAGGCUUCAAUAAAGUUUCUUGCUGAGUUCGAUGGAUGGCAAGGCUUCGGAGAGGGUGUAGCGGGCUUCCUUCCCGAUAGGGACGGCUUCCACCCUGACAAAGAAUGA